UUUCAAAUCAUUAUUAUCUGUCACUGUCUCGUGGCAAAUGACAUGUUUGUUUUUUGCCAGUUCUUAAGGACAACAUUUAAUAAUUAUUUAGCUAGGGAUAUCAGUGGAAAAGCAAAUUUAAUUAAAUCAGCUUCGUCUAUUCAGUCUCUAAGAGAUAACAUGGCAAAAGUCCCCAAAGUCAGAUUCAACAACGGGCUAGAAAUCCCAAUCUUUGGUUUGGGAACAUGGAAGUCCAAACCAGGACAAGUAGCCCAAGCUGUAAAAGAUGCUAUUGAUAUUGGCUACCGUCACAUCGACUGUGCUCACGUUUACGGGAAUGAAAACGAGGUUGGAGACGCUAUCAUUGCUAAAAUCAAGCAAGGAGUCGUAAAACGUGAAGAGCUUUUUGUUACAAGCAAAUUGUGGAAUACAUUCCACCGUCCUGAUUUGGUAGAGGGUGCAAUUAAGAAGACGUUGUCAGACUUGGGGCUCGAGUAUCUAGACUUGUAUCUGAUCCAUUGGCCUCUUGCUUACAAGGAAGAAGCAGGGUCACUAUUCCCAACCGACCCUCAAGGUAAAAUCCAAUUCAGCGACGUCGAUUACGUCGACACUUGGAAAGCCAUGGAAGAACUGGUCAAAAAAGGCCUAACCAAGUCCAUCGGAAUUUCCAAUUUCAACAAACGCCAAAUUGAGCGAAUUUUAUCAGCCGCAACAAUUACUCCAGUUACAAAUCAGGUUGAAUGCCACCCUUAUCUCAAUCAAAGCAGAUUGAUUGAAUUUUGCAAAUCUAAAAACAUCACUGUGACUGGUUAUAGCCCCCUUGGUUCUCCCGAUAGACCCUGGGCUAAACCAGAUGAACCCCAAUUAUUGGAUGACCCCAAACUUAAAGAACUUGCGAAAAAAUAUAACAAAACUUCUGCUCAAAUCGUGUUGAGAUAUCAAGUGCAAAGAGGGGUCAUUACCAUUCCUAAGUCGGUCACAAAGUCUAGGAUUGAGGAGAAUUUCAAUAUUUUUGAUUUUGAAUUGUCGGCUGAUGAUGUUAAAUAUUUGAAUACGUUUGAUUGUAACGGCCGUUUUUGCCCAAUGACUGCGGGGUUGGGGCACCCACACCAUCCAUUCGAAAAUGAUGAUUAUUGAUUGUGUUACAUUUUUUCCAAUAUUUUAUUAUGAGGUUAAUAAAAAUAUUACUACUAAAA